GGGAGACCACUCGAGAGAACGACGCGUCCGACGGGGGUACUCCGGUGCUCUCAGAACCGUCUUGAAGUCAUUGCAGUUUCGCUUGCACAGAACGCAGCACACCGCGCUUAGUGGUUUUUCGAAAACGGUUGACACAACCAACCAACCCGCCCAAAGUCGCGAGGGUCGCUCAGUAAAAAUAGCCCACCCAACGCACCCAACCUGUUCCCCGCCCCGCCCCCCGAAUCAACAGCAACAGCGGUCACAAAAUCCCGGGCUAAUAACUGCAAAACUCACCACACGAAUUCGCGUUUUCGGCAUUUUCACAGCAGUGUGUGUGUGUGUGUGUCUGAGCGUUCGUGUGAGUGUGCGAGUGUGUGUGCGCGCGCGCGCGCGCCUGUCUGUGUGUGUGUGCCGGAUCCUUUUGGCGUGCGUCGUGUGGGUCGAUCCACCAGCGGCGCCCCCUGUAGGGUUCGCCGCCUGCUCUCGGAUUGCUGCUAUACGUGCGCGCGCUCGCGUGGGGCUACCCAACCAGUGGUGUCCAGGGGCAGUGCCUAAAGCAGCAGCCGCCAAGACAGCCGACACACCUUCCCCCACCCCCUACACCCGCUCAUCCAUCAACCUGAUGCUGCCGCCGUACCGUGCGUGCGUGCGUGCGCCUGUCAUCCGCCUGUCAAUGGCCGCAAACAAUUCGCGGUCGACGACCACCUGGUGAGCUGCGCGCGUGCAGAAAAAGGGAGUGGUGCAGCUGCGGCGCCGUUCGUUGUCGGGAAGCGGCACGGAAAAUCACGAAUGUGCUAACAAAACAAGGCGAAACAGGAAGAAAACCCCGUUCAGUGUGAUUUAGAUUCGGAAGUGGAAAUAAAACCGACCCACCAGCAACUAGCAGCCCCCAUUCUCGAGGCCAAUUGUGGUGCGCGAACGUGGCAAUAGGUGUGCUAGCAGAGCGACGCCAGUUUGACAGCUAUACAGUAUCAUGUUUGGCAAGGUGCUACAGCAGCAGGAACGCUCAGCAUCCAAGACCGGACAACUCACGAUUCAGCAAUCGUACUCAUCACGCCGCAGCGCGCGACUCAUGUGUCAGUGAGGAGUCACCGUCAGAACAGCGCCACACGAACCAAUCAAUCAACAGAUCAGAAUCAAACUAGCGCGAAUUCAAGCGACCACCCCACGAGCGCCGCGUGACGAAGGAAGAGAGGAAAGCAAUAGAGCAAACAAAGGGAUAGGAGUUAAGGGAACGAGUGAGGCUAGAUUUGUGAAGGUUGCCCGAAGGCAACAAUAACAGGUGCUACGGUGUGCGGGUGAAGUCCUACACGUUCACGCAGGUCAACAUUCUGUGCUCUGGACGGUGUUAGAGAUACCGAGAUAUCCCAGUAAGCGGGUGUUACGUACGGAAGCGGAACUCUGCUUGCUGCGUAGUGUGUCGUCCAUUUGCCGGGGAAUUACCCAACUGGGCUAUUUCGCUUCCCAUCCGCUACAGUGCGGUGGUACAGUGCGUGUUUGUUUGUAUGUGUACGAGAUAAAAAGGGAAAGGGAGAGAAAGAAAGAGAUAGAAAGAGAGAAAAAGGAAAGAGAGAGAGAGAGAGAGAGAAAGAGAGAGAAAGCGAGAAGAUAACGAGUAACGAGAGUAAAACAGUGAGUGAGAACAAUCGAUCGUACGGUUGAUUUCGUCCAAUCCGCACCACCACCCGUCCCCCCCACCAUCACCUACAACCCAGUGACCAACAUGGCGGCCCAGCCAGCGUGCACACGCUUCUCCGACAACUACGAGCUGAAGGAGGAGCUCGGCAAGGGCGCCUUCUCGAUCGUGAAGCGGUGCGUGCAGAAGUCGACCGGGUUCGAGUUUGCGGCGAAGAUCAUCAACACGAAGAAGCUGACGUCGCGCGACUUCCAGAAGCUCGAGCGGGAGGCCCGGAUAUGCAGAAAGCUACAGCAUCCGAACAUCGUUCGCUUGCACGACAGCAUCCAGGAGGAGAACUUCCACUACCUAGUGUUCGAUCUCGUGACCGGGGGCGAGCUGUUCGAGGACAUCGUCGCGCGCGAGUUCUACUCGGAGGCGGACGCGUCCCACUGCAUACAGCAGAUCCUAGAGUCGGUGAACCACUGCCAUCAGAACGGUGUCGUCCAUCGGGACCUGAAGCCGGAGAACCUGUUGCUGGCGAGCAAGGCGAAGGGUGCGGCAGUGAAGCUGGCCGACUUCGGGCUGGCGAUCGAGGUGCAGGGCGACCAGCAGGCGUGGUUCGGGUUCGCCGGCACGCCCGGCUACCUCUCGCCGGAGGUGCUGAAAAAGGAGCCGUACGGGAAGGCGGUCGACAUCUGGGCGUGUGGCGUCAUCCUGUACAUCCUGCUCGUCGGCUACCCGCCGUUCUGGGACGAGGAUCAGCACCGGCUAUACGUGCAGAUUAAGGCGGGCACGUACGACUACCCGUCGCCGGAAUGGGACACGGUGACGCCCGAGGCGAAAAGCCUGAUCAACCAGAUGUUAACAGUGAACCCGUACAAGCGCAUCUCGGCCGCCGAUGCCCUGAAGCACCCGUGGAUCUGCCAGCGCGAGCGCGUCGCCUCGGUCGUCCACCGACAGGAGACGGUCGACUGCUUGAAGAAGUUCAACGCACGCCGCAAGCUGAAGGGUGCGAUCCUCACCACCAUGCUGGCGACCCGCAACUUCUCCAGCAAGAGCAUGAUCGCAAAGAAGGGCGACGGCUCGCAGGUGAAGGAGUCGACCGACUCCUCCAGCACCACGGUCGAGGACGAUGACUGUAAGGCGCGCCGGCAGGAGAUCAUCAAGAUUACCGAACAGCUGAUCGAAGCAAUAAACAACGGCGACUACGAGACGUACACGAAGAUCUGCGACCCGCACCUGACCUCGUUCGAGCCGGAAGCGCUCGGCAACCUGAUCGAGGGCAUGGACUUCCACAAGUUCAACUUCGAGAACGUGCUCGGCAAGAGCAACAAGGCGAUCAACACCACCAUCCUGAAUCCGCACGUGCACAUCUUCGGCGAGGACACCGCCUGCAUCGCGUACGUCCGGCUGACGCAGUACAUCGACAAGCAGGGCCACCCGCACACGGUCCAGACGGAGGAGACGAGGGUGUGGCAUAAAAAGGACAACAAGUGGCAGAACGUCCACUUUCACGGUAGCCGCAACGGCAGCUUUAGCAACACCGCGACGCAAUACGACUUUGUCAACCACAAGUAGAUCGGCCAUCCUCGGUGGUAGUUCGAGACGGUGGUACUCUGCGGCAAAGGGGGGGUGUGGUACGGCAGCGGCAGCGUACAGCAGCUACUGCAACCAUUACUAUUACUACUACUACUACUACUACUGAUACUACUGCUACUACUACUGCUAGUACUAUUACUUACAACUACUGCAAACCAAACACUUUUUCGCUUGUAAGAUUGAAGCAAUCCACGACGACGACGCCGACGAAGCAAGGGGAAAGCGAGGGGAAGGGCGAGGGAGAGGGGGGAAUGGAGAGGAAUCACAACAAAUGUCAUGGAGCGGGGAAGCAGGGAAAGGGAACGAAAACGGAAGGCGAAGGCGAACCAAAUCACGCGAGUUGGUAGUAUAUCACCACGGUGAACAAUGAAGUAAUCAGAUGAAAUCGCAAAAUCGUAUAUUUAUUGAGGAACUUCAAAUUUUCUGCCUCAUACCUUUUCUCUUUUUGAUGCACCAAAAACAACAAACACACGUGAAAACAAAAAAUGAUGGCAAGGCAAACACAAAAAAAAAACAAAUAAACAAGUUAAAAAUGCUCCAAAAAAACAAAAAAAAACAACAAAGAAACAAACACAUAAACACCAUCACACACGCAUACGCAAUCCUUUUUCCAUUUGCACUUUGCUCUUCUUAAAUACAUUUUCCCUCCAACGACCAAUGCAACUCCUUUCGCUCCUACGCCCCAUCUCUCUCCCCCCCCCCCCCACCCCCAUCUCUACUACACUCAUCUCGCUUGCUUCCAUCGUCCUGUUGCACCCUUUGAACAUUUAAAAAGCAUACAAACACACACACACACACACACACACACACACACAUACACACGUACGCACAUUUACAUUCUUCUUAAGGUUAAGGAUGGGCAACCUAAUGGAGCCGCGCGCCAAAUUUGCAAUUGAACUGUAUUUCGCGAUCACACGAUUAUCGCUAAAGAGCUUGGGGGGAGUGGCCGAAGGAGAAUGCUGGGCUAGUUGGUUGCUAACCCUGAGGAUGUUCCGAUGCAACACGGUUUUUGGAAAGUAUGGCCAUUGAUUGUUGUUUCUUUGACUGAAUGUUUAAACGAUGCUUGCCAAACAUAAACACGAAACUAUCUUGCCAUUCAACUAAAGAAGUGUUUGGUUUUUUUGUUAAUGUUUAAUUUUAACGUUAUUUAAUAUGUUUAAUGGAAUGAAAUGUGCAGUGCAGUGCAGUGCUCUGGUGCGCUGGUGCGAGAUGGUUCACGCAUCCAGUGUAGGGCAUUGUUUUUUUUUUUUUUUUUUUUUUUUUUUUUUUUUUUUUUUUUUUUACAAAACCGCCGGUUUUACAGCCCACCUUGUGUUUAGCUAGCAACAAAGAACCCGUCAGCAUUCGUCAUUUCAAAUUUGUUUCGCGGGCCAGAGGUUGUUUGCGCUCUUGGAAAAUUCGAACUAGAAACAUACACGCAAGCCAUUGAAGAUGCACAGCGGCAAGAUAAAUCAUUAUCUGGAAAUUCUAACAGGCAGGCAUACGCAGAUUGCGGCGCCACUUCAUUACGCAACGAUAAUAACAAGCUUACAGCGUGAAGAACAACUUUUACUGUAGUACACACGAACGUAACGUCUCUUCAAACGGCUGUUUCAAACGUGAACCAGGCAAACGUUACUUACUCAUUUACUCACGCUUCGACAACGGUCAGCAGUGGACGAUGCACACGGGCGAAUGUACGCAACCGUAUUCGUAUUGCGAUGUUGUUGUUGUUUUUUGUUUCGUCCAGUUUAUUAUUAUCGUUGUUAUUCAACGGUGUGCGAUUCAUGCGUUGAGAUAGGCACAGGGACAAGCGAGCGGGGGCAGUGGAAGAUUGGAAGGAUGUAGACGAGAAACGCGUCCACUCACUUGCGUCGGCAUGGAUGCUCCGUAGCUCUGUCCGUAUAUCCGUAGCUGCUCAAUUUUAGCGCACUCCAGUCUAGCAAUCAACACACAUAACACACAUGUCUGCGAGUGAAACAAAGAACGAAAACCCCAACACAAACGUGCGGAAGAACAGAACCAUAGUGCAAAAACAGAAAUAGUAGUAGUACGAACCGAAAGUAACAACACACACGAACACACACACAGAAACAUGGACGCACGUAUCCAUACGAGGAGCAGGCGUAACGAGAACAAGUAACACAAACCUGGUAACGGUUAGGACCAUUCUUGCCGACCAUUUAGCAUUUUAAUCGUGUGUCCCACCUUUAAAGCUUUAGCAUUUUCCGGGACGAAAGUGAGGAGGGAAAUGUUUGCGUUGUGCAUUUACGUGUUUGUGAGUGCCAUGUGUUGCGCGAGUUUUUUUUGCGAAAGGGAAGAGUGUUUGGAUUUUUUCCUGCAAGAUUGCGUUCCAUCUCUGACAGGAAGGAAGCAAAUAUAAGCUCAUCCAAUAUGCGACGGUUAAGUAAUAUGCAACAAAGCACGCUGAUAGUGAAACAAAAAACAAAACAAAACAAAAUCUCCUAACACCCACGCACACAGACAUGCACUCACAUGGACAUUUUUAAUUGAUGUCUCUUUUGGUAACGUUUCAAUGAGCAGAAACACGGGAAGACCUAGACGAAUUGAGAAAAAGAAAAUCCAGAUUGACAAUGUUUAGCGCUCUCUCCGGCCCUUUAGAGUAGGGCACACGAAUGGUGAAAGGUGAAAUUGCAAUUUGGGACUAUUCAUACCGACCUGUGUGUCUGUGUGUUUGUGUGUGUGUGUAUGUGUUGGCGAAUGGUUUAUAUAGGUGCGAGCAUUUAAAACCAAUCCGCUCCUUUGCUAUUUGUAUCCUUAGAAGAGAAAGGACAAAUUAGGCAAGAUUCCUUGCCCCCAUCGAAAGAUGGUGAAAGGAAGUGCUCACUUGCAAAAAUAAAAAAUAGAAGAAGGAAAAAAAAACAUCACCAACAAACACAAUAGCUAAUUCGCUUCACAACACAGCACACUCAGUACGGUGGAAAGGAACUCACCCCGCUAGUGACGUACGAUUACAAUUUCAAGUUCACGACCGCGACGCUGUAAACGAGCUAGUGAGCAGCCACGAAGCGUAUGCAAGUAUUUGUACAAAUACGCAAACACACAGCACAUACAUACACACAGUUACGGAUACACGAAGAAGAAGAACGAAGCGGACAUUACUGUACUGCUGCACACAUCUACAGUAUCGCGGAUAGGAAAAGUAGCCGCCGCUCCAUCACGACGCAUCCAUCACACGCUUGCUAAGAUGUAACCAGUACGAGAAAGUUGCACAGAGCGAACGGGCAAAGCGAAGGGCAGCGCAGGUAUGGCAGCACGGAGGAGAAAUAUAAACACAAAACAACCAACAUAUUAUAAAUCUUGCGGGAGACAACUUGGGGAACACGGAACGAUCGUAGCUAUUUUACAUAAAUAUUUAACAGAGAGGCAAAAAUAGAACCAGCAGCGUGCGGGAAGAAAGGUGGCAACGGCGAGCCGGAUGGAGAAGGAGACGCAUAAAGCUGAGAGAGAGAGAGAGAGAGAGAGAGAGAGAGAGAGAGAGAGAGAGAGAGAGAGAGAGAGAGAGAGAGAGAGAGAGAGAGAGAGAGAGAGAGAGAGAGAGAGAGAGAAUAAAAAUAAAAUAAUAGUGAACCGAUGAAUCUAUGACCAGGGGGGAGGGGCGCAGUGAAAACCACACGAAACGAAAUAAAAACAAGAGCAGAAACACACACACACACACACACACACACACACACACACACACACACACACACACACACACACACACACACACACACACACACACACACACACACACACACAGAAGAAGUGAUGUUUUAGAUGAUUUUGCAGUCCUUUGCACACUGGUGGUGUUGCAUCGCCUAGCAAAGCAGGCGAGAAAGACAGAAGGGCAAACGAAAAAAAAAAAAACAAAACAAAUAGAACUAAAAAAAAACAAAACUAUCGAAAUAACCAAACAAACACAUAAUUUCAACAGAACCACACAUGCAGUGCACGAAAUCUUAUUACCAAACAGGUGGCACACACACUCCGUACCCCACAACAACAGUGUGGCGUGUGUGGGGGGGGGGGGGGGGGGGGGGCGAGAGGUGGAACGGGAAGGUGAAGCCGGGAAAGCUUUUUCCCCGCUUGUGACGCGCACGGUCCAUUUUGGGUGCACCCCCCCCUCCCCCCCCCCCCCCCCUGCCCCAUUUCGGCAAGAUGGUUUUCUAUAGUUUCCAGUUUCGAAUGACAAUCAGCCCGACGAAGCUAGGUUCAGUUUCAUGAUAUGCUUUGCUAUUUGUUUUACGUGUAAGUGUGUAUGUGUGCGUGUAUAUAUAUAUAUAAUCUAUCUUUUGAAUUGCACAUUUUUCGUCUGUUAUGAUUUCUUCCGUCACGUUUGAUUCGAAAUCUUUCCGCUGGCGUAUUUUACCGGUUGCUGUAUUCUUACAUGAUUAUUUUGUUUGCUAUGCUUUUUGAUCAAUGCGUUUCCCCGUUGUUUUAUUUGGCUACAUGCAGUAUUUUGUUCGCUCAUUGUUUCCGGUGGAGGGGUCGUACGUGUUUGUGUUGUUAUGUUAAUUUUUGUAAUUGCGGCUACAACUAAAGCCAUCGGUGGCAUGGAUGGCGGGAGGGACAUGCAUUACUGGGAGGUUAUGUUUUCUGUUUUCCCUUUCCUUGUUUACUGUGAUUUCUGUGGCGGCUUGUAUUGCACGGAUAAGCUGUUAAAAUGGAUUUGAUCCAUCUUCGAAACCCAAGUGUUCGAUCGUCUGCGUGGGUGAGUGUGUAUGAGUAUGGAUGUGAAAAAAAAAAGAUGGACGAAACUGUUUUCAUUUACUCUAACUUUGUGUAUCAAAUUAUUUAAUGCUAUCGUUACGUCAGGUUCUUUGUGCUGUGGUAUUACUAAACGUUAAAACUAUACCCGAAAACAAUAGAUUAAACGCGGGAGAGCAAGCAGUGAGAAUACAAUACCAACUAUAACUGGAAGCCGAAAUUAUAAUGUGAAAGACAACUAAAUGCAUACGCUCAGCAAUACGGAUUAAGUGUAACAACUAAUUAACACCAUCUUCUUGUCGUUGUUGUAUUCUAAUGCAGUGAACACGUGUGUGAGAGAAAGAGAGUUUGAGUUACGCAAAAAAAAAAGGAUUAAAUAAGCAAAGGAACAAACGAAAAACUAAACAACAAACACAAUAAAAGGUAACAACAGACAUCAAUACAACAAGAGUAAACGCUCUCUGUCAUAUAAACACACGCGCCCGCACCACAGUGCACCAAGCUAUAGGGAGCUAAAAAAUCUGUUAGGUUGCUUGGAAAAGGAAAACACAAAAAUACACACUUAUGGAUAUGUAUAGGCUGUACACAGGUACACACAAAAUCGAGAAAAACAAACCCUAUCUACUAUUCAAACCAACCCACAAACAAAUCCUUGAAAGAGAAUCUCGAAGCAGUACCGGCUAAAACAGAACACUAACGAAAGGUAGGAAGAGAUUAGUAGAAAAAAAAAAGAUUUAACAAACAAAAAAAAAAGAAAGAAACAGAUCAAAUGACAUGUAAAUCUUGCAAAUUUGUAGUUUAAAACAAUGGCACGCCAAACAAGCAAGCCAAAAUGCGGGAAACGAAUACUUAUUCCCGUUGUUUUCCCCCCUGUUUACAAUUCUCAUCCCUUCUCCUUAUACUUUAGUUCCUUUUCUCUCUUUCUUUUUCAACAAUAACAUAUUAUACUCUCCCCGUUUCUAUUGCUAUUCCUUAUUCCUGUCAAACGGACAAACACAUAUAGCAACUUAUUGAACGUGUGUUUAUAAGCGAGUGAACGAACGUUAAAGCGAAAAGAGAAGGGCAUGGGGAGCUGCAUUGGAGUAAGGAACGGUGGUUUUGUGCAUAAAAUUGGUGCAUUUUGCAACCCACAAGGUACGUUUUAAUGUUUCCCGAAUGGAGGAAUGUUCGUGCGUGUGGGGCAGUAUUUGCUAGCAACAAAGGACGUAUGAACAACUAACUUAAACUGAAUUUAAAUAACAUAUAUCUGAUCCAAAGAGGAAGGAUAGCAAACAACAACAACAACAACAACAACAAAAAAGAAAAAAAAGAAAGAGAGAACAUACGCAAAAGAAAGUAGCAAACACAAACAAGGAGAAUAAAACACAAGCAAAUUUAAGAAUUGGUAAGGGCACGGAACACAAGAACACGAAUGUAGGUACAAACAUAUGUAUGUACGGCCUUGCAUGCAUGUAUAUAUGUAUGUAUGUAUGUAUAAUAUCGCGUCACUGUGCUGUGUUUAAAUGAAUGUAACCUAUUUCGUUGGUUUGUUUUCCAAACUUUUUCAUUUUCUUUUGAGAGCUGCUGCAAAGCGAGCAAAAGAAAGCAGAAGAAGCUAAGGCAAGGAAACACAUUAGAAGCAAACAAACCGAGCAAAAAGAUGGGAGACGGAGGAGAGGAAGUAAAAUGCUAAACAAAGCAAGCAUAUUUAGAAACAUUAGAUAGAAACAUAGAAUUAUUUGUAUCUCAUCCCCUCUCCCUUUCCCCAUUGUGAAAUUGUGCAACAUUUCUCUCUCACUCUCUCUCUCUCCUUCUUGAUGGCACACUAGCAGGGCGCCUCCUUCGGUGCAGGAAUUCGAUUAUAGUGUGUGUGUGUGUGUGCUCUCACUCCCACAUUCAGUGAGUGAUGUAACGAGACGAAAUAAAACAGAAACAGAAUAAACUGCAGAGCAAACGUACAUGCAAGGCAAGCGAACAUGUAUUCACGAAAAACUUCGUUUUUCAUUCGUCUCUUUUUUCUUGUGACGUUGCAAAUCCAGAUUAAAGAAACACGAAAAAAAAAUAGUAAUGGAAAAUAAGUAACAAAUAGAUGGAGCAAAAUAACAAUAGACAAAUCUUGAGCGAUUGAUCAGC